AUGUCUGAAGAGCCUUCAUCCACUUCGGUGUCCGUCGCAGAUGGACAAUCCAAGAGUGCCAAGAAACCCAAAUAUUCUAGAUUCUCACAACAAGAACUUGAUGCCUGGCAACCAAUUCUAACCCCCAGUUGGGCCAUUUCAAUAUUUACAGUUAUAGGACUCAUCUUCAUUCCGGUUGGUCUUACUUCAUUGUUUGCAUCUGACAGUGUGAUGGAAGUUCCAUUCCGAUAUGAUGAUGAAUGUCUUCCACCUAAUAGCAAAAAUGACCCAGUGGCAUAUAUUAAAGACGAUACGCAAAACAAAACUUGCAAUAAGAAAUUGACAGUUAAAACUAAAAUGACGGCCCCUGUUUAUGUAUAUUAUCAGCUUGAUAACUUUUACCAAAACCAUCGACGAUACGUUAAAAGUAGAGAUGAUAGACAGCUAAGGAGAAAAGGAUCGGACAAUGAUGUUAGCACGUGCAGUCCUGAAGACUAUACACCUAAAGAAUUGGGUCAUAAUCCAAUUGUUCCUUGUGGCCUUAUUGCAUGGAGCAUGUUUAAUGACACAUACAAACUUUCAAGCAAAAAUAAGGAGUUGGCGAUCAACAAAAAGAAUAUAGCAUGGAAGAGUGACCGAGAUGCGAAAUUUGGGUCUGAUGUUUAUCCAAAGAAUUUUCAAGUGGGAGGUUUGAUAGGGGGUGCUAGACUUAAUGAGAGCAUACCAUUGAGUGAACAAGAGGAUCUCAUUGUUUGGAUGCGAACAGCAGCACUACCUACUUUCAAAAAACUAUAUGGAAAGAUUGAGACAGACAUUGAAGAUAAUGAAGAAAUAAUGCUUGUAAUAGAGAACAAUUAUAAUACAUAUGAGUUUGGAGCUAGAAAGAGCCUGGUUCUUUCAACCACAACAUGGGUUGGUGGAAGAAACCACUUCUUGGGGAUGGCAUAUAUGCUCGUUGGUGGGAUUUCCUUGGUACUGGCUGUAGGUUUCCUACUUAUGUAUGUGAUGCAUCCAAGACCUCUUGGGGAUCCAUCAUACUUGUCUUGGAACAAAAAUCCCGGAAUUCUUAGAUGA